GUGGGUCCUCAGUUCGCAAAUAAUUUGCGCAUCUAAUUGCUUGGUUUCACUACGCUUCACUUCAGAGUUCAGAGCUUCUUUGCUCUGCAUAUAUAGAAAUUCGGUCAUAUGUACGAGAGAGCGAGCGGGGAACAGAGAAAUAGAGUGACAAUGGUGAGGAUAUUAUCCAUGGCGUCGUCGAUUAAACCUUCGCUGUCCUGAUUUAGGUCUGCGGCUGCUGCAGGGCUUCCUUCUCGCUUCGCUGUACCCUUCGGUUCGUGUUUCCAGAAGUCUUGUCGCCCUCUCAGCUUAUUGCAUCUUGGCAGUGCUGAAGUGCUAGAGCAUAAGCUAAGGAAGUAUAUGAGCAGAUUCCAGUACCAAGAUUGGCUAAAAAUAAUGCCCAUUCUCAAGAAUCUCAACGAUUGAAGACCAUCGAUUGAAGACUCAUCGGCAGAUGCCCAAUGGAACGUGUAAGUUAUGGAUUUGCUGCUGGAGAUUGGGUGCGAUUGAAGGCUGAAGGAAAGAAACAUUCACCAGUAGGUAUCCUUCAUCUAAUCAACCGUGAUGGAGUGUAGCUGCUGGAUUUAUAGGAAUGGAGACACUUUGGAAGGGAAGAUAUUCAGAGCUCCAGAUAGCAGAAACUUACUGUGUUGGGCAAUUUGUUAGGCUGAAGUCUGAUACAUUUAAUCCUCGAUUUGAAUGGCCCCGAAAAAGAGGUGGCGAGUGGAAAACUGGGAGAAUUUGUCAAGUCUUACCAAAUGGGUGCCUUGUUGUUAGGUUUCCUGGUAGGUUGACAUUUGGUAAUGAAAAUAGCAGCUUUUUAGCUAAUCCAGCUGAAGUUCAGUGUGUUUCUUUUAGCACUUCUCCUGGAGUGGUGAAAAAGUAUCAGCACCUUGAGGAUUGUCACUGGGCAGUCCGGCCACUUCUGAUUGCUUUGGGUCUAUUUACUGCUAUGAAGCUGGGCCUUUUUGUUGGAAAAAAGAUUAGCAGGUCAAAGAUAAGGAAGGGACGGACUAAUGUCAUAUCAGGUGAAGCUCAAUCUUUGGAAGGCCACACUGCUGGCAACACGGGCUGGCUACCACCCCAAGUGCCAAACAUCAUCUUCAGGAGGGUCUCAGUGCACCUACGUCUUGGUAGUUCUCAUGCUUCAGUCAGAAGCAAUCUUGCCCUUUCCAGAAAAGGCUCCACAGAUUUGUAACCUUUGCUUAGGGAAUUCAAAGCACAACCUUGCUUAUAUUUGCAAAAACAAAUCCUGUAUACAUGAUUGUUGUAAAUAUAUGUUUGGUGGUUGGAACUAUUGCUGCCUUGUUAGUUCUUGUCCAUAUUAGCUAACGCCUUCUGGUUGUUUAUGGUAUUUCAUUGUGUUUGAAACUGCAGAAAGGCUCCUUUCUAAUAAACAGUUUUUGGCCCUUUCUUCCUC